AUGGAUAACGAAAUGCGUGCCAAACGCUGUGUCGACUACAACUGUGUCGACUACAACUAUGUUGACUACAACUGUGUUGACUACAACUGUGUUGACUACAACUGUGUCGACUACAACUGUGUCGACUACUGCUGUGUUGACUACAGCUGUGUUGACUACAACUGUGUCGACCUCAACUGUGUCGACUACAACUAUGUUGACUACAACUGUGUGGACUACAACUGUGUCGACUACAACUGUGUCGACUACAACUGUGUUGACUACAACUGUGUUGACUACAACUGUGUCGACUACAACUGUGUCGACUACAACUGUGUCGACUACAACUGUGUUGACUACAACUGUGUUGACUACAACUAUGUUGACUACAACUGUGUAGACUACAACUGUGUCGACUACAACUAUGUUGACUACAACUGUGUUGACUACAACUGUGUUGACUACAGCUGUGUUGACUACAACUGUGUUGACUACAGCUGUGUUGACUACAACUGUGUUGACUACAGUUGA